CCCCCUCCUUCUCCCCCUCCUCCUCCUCCGGCCACACUCCCCGCUCCCUCACCCCGGAGAGAAGCCCUAUCAGACGGCGUCGCAGCGGACAUACCCCGGGACAACAUGGCGUCUGGCGUGACCGUGAACGAUGAGGUCAUCCGGGUGUUCAACGACAUGAAGGUGAGGAAGUCUUCGUCCCAGGACGAUGUGAAGAAGAGGAAGAAGGCGGUUCUGUUCUGCCUGAGCGAGGACAAGAAGAAGAUCAUCGUGGAGGAGGGCAAGCAGAUCCUGGUGGGCGACAUCGGGGACUCCGUGGAUGACCCGUACGCCUGCUUCGUGAAGCUCCUCCCCCCCAACGACUGCCGCUACGGGCUGUACGACGCCACCUACGAGACCAAGGAGUCCAAGAAGGAGGACCUGGUCUUCAUCUUCUGGGCUCCUGAGAACGCCCCCCUGAAGAGCAAGAUGAUCUACGCCAGCUCGAAAGACGCUAUCAAGAAGAAGUUCACAGGUAUCAAACACGAGUGGCAGGUGAACGGUCUGGACGACAUCCAGGACCGCGCCGCGCUGGCGGAGAAGCUGGGUGGGAAUGUGGUGGUAUCUCUGGAGGGCAAGCCGGUGUGAUGUCAUCGCGGCGAGCCGAGCCAACGGCGUGCCAACUCCCACCACCCAACCGCCCCCCCGCCCACCACCAGGAGUCAUUAGCUGGUUUCCUUUUGCUUUUUGUCCAACAUGGAGAUCUCAUUUACAUAAUGAUAUGCAAACACCUCCCACUUUGUUGCCACAUGACUUCUGUUCACCUGGCAGACCCACGAAUGAGCCCAGACCCCCUGCAGAUCCCCUGCAGACCCCCUGCAGACCCCGAUGAAGGAGCCAGACCAGAGUUUUGCCAAACGUUACAUGUGAAGGAAGCAGCCACGCGUGUCGGAGGCGAGCGCCGCUAAGCUGCGCCUCCUGCAGCACGCGGGUCAUGACGCUCUUUCCAUGUGACUUUAUUUAUUACUGUGUUGUUGUUGCUAUGCACCAGGAGAGGAGGAGCUCCGCCUUACUCAGUUUGAAUGUAACACCAGUUAGUUAGCGCGCUUUUAUUUUGUAAGAAACAGGAAGCAGACUCCACUUACACAGGGAGAGACAACAACAUCACGACAGAGGAACGUUGUUUCUGAGAUCUCAUGAAACCACUUUGCAAUAAAAGCCUGUGGCCUGUC